CUCCGGUUUCCACCCAGUCUCAGCAACGGACCCGGUGACGCGGGCGCAGGGCAAGCCUUUAAGGCGGGCGGGCGGCAGAGCACGCCGUCACCCGCAGCCAUGAGCGUCCCCAUCGCCAAGUCCUUCUACGACCUGAGUGCCACCUCCUUGCAGGGGGAGAAGGUGGACUUCAACGUCUUCCGCGGGCGUGUGGUCCUCAUCGAGAACGUGGCGUCGCUCUGAGGCACCACGGUGCGGGACUACACCCAGCUCAACCAGCUGCAGGCGCGCUACCCACGGCGGCUGGUGGUGCUGGGCUUCCCCUGCAACCAGUUCGGCUACCAGGAGAACGGCACCAACGAGGAGAUCCUCAACUGCCUCAAACACGUGCGGCCCGGGGGCGGCUUCGAGCCCAAUUUCACCCUGUUCCAGAAGUGCCAGGUGAACGGGAAGGACACCCACCCCGUCUUCGCCUACCUGAAGGCCCACCUGCCCGCCCCCGUGGACGAGGCAGAUCACCUGAUGGCCGAACCCCGUUUCCUGGUGUGGAGCCCCGUGCGGCGCUCCGACAUCUCCUGGAACUUUGAGAAGUUCCUGGUGGGGCCCGAGGGGGAACCUUUCCGCCGCUACAGCCCUCGCCUGCCCACCGCCCAGAUAGAGCCUGACAUCCAGCGCCUCCUCAAGCUGGCCAAGUAGGGCCGUACCCCCUCAGACAGCCCCUGCCCUCUGCCGAGUGAUGGCCCCCUCUGAAACCCCCACGGGGAGGGGGCCUGAUGGGGUGGAGGGCUGGGGCCACUGGGAUGGGGCCGGCGGCAAUAAAUGAGCUGGAGGCAGCA